AGAAGGAGCACAGAAGAGAGGAGGGAAAAAGGAGAAAAUAGACGACCACACAGAAGUGAAACUUUGGAGUCAGUGCUUGGAAAAAGGAGGCCAGGUCUCCCUGUGGUCUGCUACCUUCCCAUAUUCACUGCUCACCAGGAUAUAAAGAGCUCUCUUGAGAGUGUGAAAGGAGUCAAGGGAAGAGAAGGAAGAGCUUUUGGUAGUGUCUCUUCCUCAGGUCAGGGAAAGGAAGGCAAGAAAUAGAUUCUAAAGAGGCUUACAGAUAGUUCCUUGGGAUGAAGAGAGAAGGCAAGAGGACAUGGCUGGUACUGGCUCCAGAAGGCUCUUUCUGAUCUCUGUUCCCCCAGCUGCCCAGCCUUCUCCCAUUGCCUGCCAUCACCAUCCAUAUCACCAUGUGGGUAGAGUCACAUUGGAGAGGCAUCCGCCAAGCUUUGUUGUUUGUCUUCACCGCCACACUUCUCAUUGGGGUCACCAUGCUGGCUAUCUCCUCUAACAUCAACCCAGUGGGAUUCUUCUUCCUGGGGGUGGGAGGCGUGUGCCUGAUUGGCUACCUGCUGAGUGUGUUUGUGGAAUGCUUCCUAAAGCAUCGGCACCCACAGGAUACAAAUCAGGCAGCCACAAGGAGACAGAGCCAGGCAGGGGUGAAUGCUGCCUACGAAGCACCAGCCUAUGAGGAGGUGGUGACAAUGACACCAGCCCCAACAGUCUGGACGAUCACCUCCAAUUCAGGCACAGUGCCCUCAACAGUGGGGGAGCCCCCACCAUACAGUGUGGUCAUUGAGCCGCCCCGUAUGGCGGCAAUUGGGGCAGAGACCUUCAGCGUCUCAGUGGCAUCAGGCAUCAGGCGCGCCUCUGAGGCAGAUGCAGGCUCCAGGCUGCACCUUAGGUUGGUGCUGCCCCCGAGGAUGCAGCGCUUUGUCUCAGAUAUCCAUGACGUCAAAGGUGCUGAAGAGAGGCUGGAGCGGCUGGAGCCACUCACUCCACCACCUGCUUAUGAGAGUCCCACUGAUGAUGAUGUCUUUGCAGAAGCUUUCCAACCCUCAAGACAAUGAUUAAAUAGACAGUCUGCUUAUUAUGGAUGAGGCACAAAACCCAUCUAGUGCCACCACAAACUGGAGAAAGGAGCUCAGUGCUGCGGGCCAUGUCAUGGGAGCACCAAGGGGUCUACAAUAGAGGAUGUGGGGCAAAGAUCAUAGAAUCAUAGAAUCAUAGAAUAUCAGAGUUGGAAGGGACCUCAAGAGGUCAUCUAGUCCAACCCCCUGCUCAAAGCAGGACCAAUUCCCAGCUAAAUCAUCCCAGCCAGGGCUUUGUCAAGCCGGGCCUUAAAAACCUCCAAGGAAGGAGACUCCACCACCUCCCUAGGUAACGCAUUCCAGUGUUUCACCACCCUCCUAGUGAAAUAGUUUUUCCUGAUAUCCAACCUGGACCUCCCCCACUGCAACUUGAGACCAUUGCUCCUUGUUCUGUCAUCUGCCACCACUGAGAACAGCCGAGCUCCAUCCUCUUUGGAACCCCCCUUCAGGUAGUUGAAGGCUGCUAUCAAAUCCCCCCUCAUUCUUCUCUUCUGGAGACUAAACAAUCCCAGUUCUCUCAGCCUCUCCUCAUAAGUCAUGUGCUCCAGACCCCUAAUCAUUUUUGUUGCCCUCCGCUGGACUCUUUCCAAUUUUUCCACAUCCUUCUUGUAGUGUGGGGACCAAAACUGGACACAGUAUUCCAGAUGAGGCCUCACCAAUGUCGAAUAAAGGAGAACGAUCACGUUCCUCGAUCUGCUGGCAAUGCCCCUACUUAUACAGCCCAAAAUGCCAUUAGCCUUCUUGGCAACAAGAGCACACUGUUGACUCAUAUCCAGCUUCUCGUCCACUGUGACCCCUAGGUCCUUUUCAGCAGAACUGCUACCUAGCCAUUCGGUCCCUAGUCUGUAGCAGUGCAUGGGAUUCUUCCGUCCUAAGUGCAGGACUCUGCACUUGUCC